AUGCCAGGGAUCCCCAUCGAGCUAGCGGUUCACAAGCUACACGUGGACCCCAACGCCCAACCGGUGAAACAAAAGAAGAUGAGCUUUGCACCUGAGCGAAAUGAGGUAGUCCGAAGUGAGGUAGACAAAUUAUUAGAAGCCAAGAUCGUGAAGGAGGUCUUCUACCCGACCUGGCUGGCUAAUCCAGUGCUGGUCAAGAAGGAAGAAAGAGCUUGGAGGAUGUGCGUGGACUUCACUGACUUAAAUAAGGCUUGCCCAAUACAUUGCUACCCCCUCCCACGGAUUGAUCAGCUCGUGAACUCAACCUCGGGAUACGAGAUUUUUUGUUUUCUGGACGCAUUCAAGGGGUAUCAUCAAAUAGCCCUGGACGAGGAAGAUCAAGAGAAGACCUCAUUUAUCACUGAGAACGGCACUUAUUGUUAUGUCACCAUGCCGUUUGGACUAAAGAAUGCAGGCACAACCUACCAAAGGUUGGUUAAUAAAUUGUUCAAAGACCAGAUCGGCCGAAAUAUGGAGGUUUACGUGGAUGACAUGUUGGUGAAAAGCCGGACUCAGGAGCAGUUCAUCGCAGACCUCAGGGAAAUUUUCGAUGUCCUUCGAAACUCACGGAUGCAACUAAACCCCAAAAAAUGCACCUUCGGGGUCAGGUCGGGAAAGUUCCUGGGCUACAUGAUUUCCAAGGAAGGGGUGAGAGCUAACCCGGACAAAAUCAAGGCCAUCACAGACAUGGCCCCUCCCCGAAACAUCAAGGAGGUUCAGCGCCUGACCGGGAGGAUGACGGCUCUGAACAGGUUCCUGUCUAAAUCGGCAGUUCGGGGCUCCCCUUUCUUCAAGACCUUGCGAAGGGCUCCGCAAUUUGAAUGGAGCCCCGAGUGUCAGAGAGCGUUCGACGAACUAAAAUCCCACCUGGCUCGGUUGCCAGGUCUAACUUCUCCCGAGCAGGGUGAGACCUUGUUUGUCUACCUAACUGUGGGGGAAGAGGCUGUUAGCGCGGUGCUGGUACGAGAGAAAGAUAAAGUUCAGAAACCUGUGUAUUAUGUUAGCCGAGCUCUGCAGGGGGCCGAUGCAAGGUAUUCGGUGGUGGAACGGUAUGUCUUCACAUUAGUUCAUGUAGCUCGAAAACUCAGGUCGUACUUCCAAACUCACCCCAUAGUGGUGGUAACGAACCAACCCCUGAAGCAGAUCCUCUCUAAGCCCGACGUCUCGGGACGAAUGGUGAAGAAGGUUGUAGAGCUGUCAGAGCACGAUCUCGGAUACCAACCGAGGACCACCAUCAAAGUUCAAGUUUUGGCGGACUUCAUAGCAGAAGACGUCUCCUUUGCGUCACGCGGAACUGAGGUCGAUCACACCAGACAAGCAGUCGAAACCCUACAGGCCAAAGAAACUGCCAAGGCCACACAAACCCAAGAGGUAGACGAGGCCUUGCAGGCUGAAGACGCUGCCGAGGUUGCCCAGGCCAACAAGGUAGCGGAGUUCGGACGGACCGGAGACGCAGCUGAGGCCAAGCAGGCCGGAAAGGCUGUCGAGGUGAAGGGGGCCGGAGAAGCAGCUGAGGCCGAGCAGACCGGAGAAGCUGCCGAGGUCGGACAGGCCAGAGAAACGGCUGAGGUCGGUCAGGUCGGAGAUGCUGCCGAGGUCACACAGUCUGGAGGAGCAGUUAAGGCUGAACCAGCCAGGAGGGCUGCCCAGACCAGAGGGGCUACAGAGGCUGCAGGACGAUCAGAUCUGGUCUGGACGCUGUACGUAGAUGGCGCAUCAAGCAGGGAAGGAUGUGGAGCAGGUCUUCUCCUAAUCAGCCCUACUGGGGAAGAGCUGGCCUACGCCCUGAGGUUCGAUUUUAGAGCCUCCAAUAAUCAAUCCGAGUAUGAGGCACUGGUUGCGGGGAUGGAGAUGGCACCGAAAUUAGGGGCUGAACUAAUAAAAUUUUACAGCGAUUCGCAGCUGAUAGUGAACCAGGUAGGGGGAAGCUAUGAGGUCAAAGAGAAGCCUUUGAGAAAGUACGUCGCCAAAGUGCGUGAGUUGAGGGACCAAUUCAAACAGGUCAUCCUGGAACAGAUCCCCUGGAGCCAAAACAAGAGAGCUGAUGCCCUAUCCAAGCUGGCCUCUACCUCGUUUAACACCCUAAAUCGAGGGAUAUUGGUGGAGGUCGUUAAAAGUCGCGCCUAUGAGCGGUUGGACGCCACAGUCAUUCAGUGUGUAACGCCAGAGGAAGGGAGCUAUAUCUUGCGCGAGCUGCAUGAGGGCAUCUGUGGCAGUCACGUCGGGCCAAAGGUACUGGCCAAGAAGGGAAUGCUAUCUGGAUACUAUUGGCCCACCAUCUUUCGGGACUCAGCCGAGCUGGUGGCGAGAUGUAGACCUUGCCAGUUGCACGCCUCAAUUCACCACGCCCCAACUCAGGAGAUGAUUCCACUCCAUAGCCCAUGGCCAUUCUUCCAAUGGAGAAUAGACCUACUAGGCCCUUUCCCCCGAGCUCUCGGAGGUCAUGAGCAUCUGGUCCUAGUCUCGGAUAACGGCCGACAAUUCGCAAAUAGCUCCCUCCAGGAAUGGUGUUCAGAGCUCGGUAUACGGCAGCACUUCACUUCCGUGGGGCAUCCACAAGCUAAUGGACAGGUCGAAAAUGUUAACAGAACCAUCCUACAUGGCUUGAAGACACGAAUAGAGUCUGUCCGGACUGGGUGGCUGGAUGAGCUGCCCAUCAUACUAUGGUCUUACCGGACUCCACCCCGGACGGCCACUCAAGAAACCCCGUUCGUCCUGACAUACGGGGCCAAACCAGUGAUUCCAGCAGAAAUUGGGGUACCCUCGGGUCGGGUACAGCAUUUUGUGGCCCAGAACAACGAAGGGGAGAUGCGGCUUAACUUAGACUUGCUCGAGCACCGUCGGGAAAAAGCAUGCAUAAGAAUAGCAAAGUACAAGGGUUAG